AGCAGCCAUACUUGGUCCAGUACCGCUCAUUCCUAAGUCAACCCUUUCUACGAGCAAAAUGGAGGACCUGCGUAUAAGACGUGUUGUGCAGACUGAAGAUUUAUCAAAUGUUGAAUUUGAGACUAGCGAAGAUGUCGAAGUUAUUCCAACGUUUGAUAGCAUGGGCUUGCGAGAAGAGCUGCUACGCGGUAUUUAUGCAUACGGAUUUGAAAAACCAUCAGCCAUUCAGCAGCGUGCUAUCAAGCCGAUAGUGAAGGGUCGUGAUGUAAUUGCACAAGCACAGUCUGGUACUGGGAAAACUGCUACAUUUUCCAUUGCCAUACUUCAGUCAUUAGAUACAGCUGUGCGAGAGAGCCAAGUCCUCUGCCUAUCGCCUACACGAGAACUUGCAACACAGAUACAAAAGGUUAUUUUGGCGUUGGGUGACUUCAUGAAUGUCCAGUGUCAUGCAUGCAUUGGUGGUACUAAUUUAGGUGAGGACAUAAGAAAGUUGGAUUAUGGUCAACAUGUUGUUUCCGGUACACCAGGACGAGUAUUUGAUAUGAUACGACGAAGAGUUCUGCGGACCCGAUCAAUAAAAAUGCUGGUUUUGGAUGAAGCUGAUGAAAUGUUAAACAAAGGUUUCAAAGAACAGAUAUAUGAUGUAUAUCGAUACCUUCCACCAGCUACUCAGGUGGUGCUUAUUUCUGCGACACUUCCUCAUGAAAUUUUGGAAAUGACAAGUAAAUUCAUGACAGAUCCAAUAAGGAUUUUAGUAAAACGUGAUGAGCUGACUCUGGAAGGAAUAAAACAGUUCUUUGUAGCUGUAGAAAGAGAAGAAUGGAAGUUUGAUACUUUGUGUGACCUUUAUGAUACUUUAACUAUAACACAAGCUGUUAUAUUUUGCAACACAAAAAGGAAGGUAGACUGGUUAACAGAAAAAAUGCGAGAGGCAAAUUUUACUGUUAGCUCAAUGCAUGGAGACAUGCCCCAAAAGGAGCGUGAUGCUAUUAUGAAGGAAUUCCGAUCAGGGCAGAGUCGUGUUCUUAUUACAACAGAUGUGUGGGCUAGAGGUAUUGAUGUUCAGCAAGUAUCUCUUGUAAUAAAUUAUGAUUUGCCGAACAACAGAGAACUGUACAUCCACAGGAUUGGUCGUUCUGGCCGAUUUGGGAGAAAAGGUGUUGCCAUCAAUUUUGUCAAAACUGAUGAUAUAAGAAUUUUGAGAGACAUUGAACAAUAUUAUUCAACUCAGAUUGACGAAAUGCCAAUGAAUGUCGCUGAUUUGAUAUGAACAGUCUGGAGCCUAAGAUGCAUUUCUGCAUUGAUGAGAACUGGUGACCACUUGUUUUAUCUGGCAGAGGAAGAUUUUUAUGUUUUGUAUCAGAUGUUUUAGUUCAUAUUCAUUAUUCUCAGUGUUAUGCAUUUAUGUUAUAUCUUGUCAGUUAAGUAAAUAGUAUUUCUUUAUAAUUUAUUAAGAGAGAGAGAGAGAGAGGAUUAUUGGUUUCUGCUUGGAACUGAGGUAGAUAAAUAUUUUCACACUAACUGGUUGAUUGAUAUACUUGAUGUAAAUACUUGUAAUUUAAAAACUUCACCUUAGCUUUAUACACCUAAAACUAUGCUGCAAAUAACAGUUUGAUGCCUUUCCUGUUCUUGUUGGUUUGCCUUCUGGUUGUCAUGUAGUUAUUUUACGUUUAUUUCUUACUGCAGUGGUGGGUGAUUACCUAGAAAGUAGUGGUUUUUUU